AGGUCAUUGUUCCAUGGUUGGCCCUCUCUCUGGCAAAGUAUUGUCAUAUUCUGUGAGGUCAAAGAAUUGCAGAGUAUGCAGUGUAGCUGAAACAACCAACAAGAAUCCAGCAGCCCAUGAGUGCUCAAAGAACUGGGAGGGAAGUUCAAAGGCCAUGGAGGCAGAUAUGGUUAUUGAGAUGGUAGAAGAUUUACAGAAAAGUAAAGGAAUAACCAUUGACGGAAUCAUAGGAGAUGAGGAUACCACCACAAUAGCAAGAUUAAAAACUAAUGUCAAUGCUAAUAUCAAGAAGUUGUCUGAUAAAAAUCAUCUGAAGAAACUGUUUACAAACUCUUUGUUUACCUUGAAGAAAGAACAUUCAUCUCUAACUUUGUCUGUUAUAAAGUAUAUUCAAAAGUGCUUCAGUUACUCCAUAGCACAGGGAAAAGGAAAUGCUCUUCAAAUCCAAGAAGACCUCUCAUCAAUACCAUACCACAUCUUUGGAGAUCACGAACACUGCUCCGCACGGUGGUGCAAGUUCAUCGACAACCCUAACCUGCGCUACAAGUCUCUUCCACAUGGAAAACCGCUCAAAGAUAGGUUCCUUCAGGAUGAUCUCAAAGAAGUUUUCAGUUCAUAUGCAAGUCAUUCUGAUCGUCUUUCAUGUUUAGGAAGCACGCAAUCAAAUGAGAGUUUUAACAGAAUGGUGUCUGCAAAAGCCCCAAAGACCCAUCAUUACAGCUCCUCUUCAAGCCUCAGAUAUAGAGUUGCUGCGUGUGUAGCUCAGAAAAAUGAAGGUCACAGAUAUCUUAUAAAGGUGAACAAGAAAUUAGGCCUCUCUCCUGGCUACUAUACUCGAAGACAGUGCAUUCUGAGGGAUCUCCAAAGAAAACGACAGAAGGCCAUUUCAAUGACACAGAAAUUUAAAAGGAGAAGGAGAGAAUUGAAAGCCAAGAGAAUUCAAAGUCUUUCUACAAAAGAGACAAGGGAAGGUGUCAGUUAUUUGACAGGAUGUGAUCUCCACCAUGCCUCGGACAUUGAUGAAAUUCCAGCUCCAAAAACAAUUCCAAAGUAUGAUCAUCUUCCUUCAAGUCAGUUGUUAAAUGCUGAAGAGAUCUAUUUCGACUUGGAAACUACUGGACUCGCAAGGGAUUCUCAUAUUGUGCAGUUAUCUGCAGUUAGAAAUGAUGAGGUAUUCAACAAGUACAUCAUUCCAAAAAAACCAAUGACAUCAAAAGCUACAGAAAUAACUGGAAUACAAGUAGUCAACAAUAAAAUGUACCACAAUCAUGAGGAAGUUGAGACAGUCAGCAUUAAAGAUGCUCUGAUCCAGUUUAUGGACUUCAUGAAGAUGUCGGGUCCAGAUGUUGUUCUAGUUGGGCAUAACUCUAAAGUGUUUGACCUUCCUGUGCUCUUCAACAUUUUGAGUAAACUAAACAUUUUGGAGACAUUUUCAUCUGCAGUCACUGGCUUCAUUGAUACAAUUCCUCUUUUCAAAAUGUCACAUCCAAACCUUUCGUCAUACUCGCAGUUACACCUCUUUGCAGAAAUUCUACAAGACAAAUACAGUGCGCAUGACUCAUUACAGGAUGUCAUAGCCUUGAAGAGAUUGGUCGAUCAUACAGGACCCUCCCAUGAAGUCAAAGUUGCUGCAUCCUUCACCUUGAACUCUGCCGUUGCCGUGUUUCAUCACAAGAACACAACAAAGCAUCUAAUGAGUACACUAAGGCCUUUAUUGGACCAAAAGGUAAUUUCGAAUGGAAUGGGAAAUAAGAUUGCCGGCAGUGGACUCUCCUUAUCCCACUUACAACUUGCAUAUCAGAGAAAUGGUAGGGAGGGAGUGCAGGAUGUGCUGUCAGAGAUAGCUGAUAAUAGUGUGCGUGUGACAAAAUCUAAAAAAAUCAUUGAUUCUGUUGCAGAUUAUUUCAGGUCUGAGCAGUAAUGCAGUUAUUUGUUUGUGAAUGUAUGAUGUUCUUUGUUUGUUAUUGUUUGUUUGUUUGUUUUACGUCCCUUUGAGAAUUUUUCACUCAAAUUGGAACCCCACGAGUUGUUGAUGUCAGGAUGCAAAUAUAGACCUGUACUCUGCUCUUGAGACUAUUUGAACUAGUGAGGGUUUUUUUUACGUCCCUUUGAAAAUUUUUCACUCAUGUUUGGACCAACCAGUUGUCGACCGAUGGCUGCAAAUAUAGACCUGUAUUCUGCACUUGAGGCCAUUGAGCAAUGAGGGAUCUUUCUGUGGCAGCACCUACUGCAACAUUAAACCUUAGUUUAUACUGUCUCAUCCAAAGGACUGGUCCUCACUUCCAAAAAAGAAUACAGUCAUAAUAAGUUAUUAAGAAUAGAUAAAGUAAAGAAGUAGGUGAGCCAAUGCUCACUAGUAAUACCCCCGCUCUGAGCACUGAUGUGAAUAUACCCUCUGAUGUGAAUAUACACAAGUUCAGCUAUGGACAGACACAGGAAUAAACAGGAAGUUGACACUGGAUUCGUACAAAAAUGAAUCCCACCAAAUGGCAUGCCUAAACAAAGAGUGUGCUAAGAUUUCAAACAUCUCCGAUGAGUAGUUGCUGAGAAAACUGUGAUGAAAAUUUGUUAUGCAUGGUAUUGACAGACGCACAGAUAAACAGGAAGUUGAAAUUGGAUUCGUACAAAAUAAAUCUUACUAUAUGGCAUGCCUAAACAAAGUGAGUGUUAAAACUUCAAGUAUCUGCUAUAAGUGGUUGCUGAGAAAACUGCGACAAAAAUUUGUUAUGGACAGACAGACACACAAGGAUAAAACAGUAUAUACUCCCUCUCCUUCGGAGCGGGGGUAUAAUUAUGCAAUGUACUGUUGUAUAUGAAACAUGUUUCAAUGUCUAGUGUUAUUGGUAGUUUGUAGUUGAACAAAACAUUUUCUUUCCAUUCAAAAUAAAUCCAAUUUAGAAACUGAAUUGACAAUGAUUUAUUGACCAUACAUGGGAAUUUAAAUUCUGUUCAUUGAUAUUUAUUGAAGAAAGCUAUGUGCAUAAAUUGAAAUAUGCACAAAUGAAUAUGAAAGGACAUACUGCAAAUGUAUAUUGUGCAUGCACUAUACUUGGUGGUGAUUAAUUUUUCAACAAGUCAAGCUAGGUUUGAUUUUGGCACAUUUCUGAUUGUGUACCAAUAAAUAUACACGUCAUAAAGUUUGUGAUGUUCUUGAUAUAGCGGA